AAGCUCCAAUGAAGAGAACUGACAAGUCCCGAAAUCAUACAUUGUCCCUCCUGACCAAGACUCUUGAGUUUAAGUUGAAGACUCAGAGCUACUAUGAAAUAAGGCCAGGGUUGGCUUCCCGCAAAAAUUUAAAGAAAAAGGAAUUAUGUUCGAAUAAAUUCCGACAAAUCCUCAGAGUACAAGAGCAAGACCUGAGAUGAACAAAUUUCCCUGAGGUGUCAAUGAAGCAAUCCCUCAUCGAUUCUUUGUAAACUGCUCGCUAAUUGAACAUGUUUUGUA